UGUUUAAUGUUUUGUUUUUUUUUUCAGUAAAUAUGCAAUGUUGUGGAUAAUAUCUUCAAAAAUUUGUAUAUUUCAUCGGCAUCUCGGCCUCGUCGUUCCUAAAUCAAAAAAGAAUACUGGUAUAAUUUUGUAAAUAGUGCCGAUUAGGAAAUAAAUAAUAAAAUGUCUCCAAAGUGGAAUAGUGAUUAUUACAUUGCUUUAGAAUGUAAAGACUUGCAAGCUAAUGCUAUGGCAAUCGAUUCUACAGGAAAUUUCGUUUUAUUAGCUGGAAGAAGAUUUUUAGCCUUAAGAAAUUUAGACAUAAUUGAUAGUAACAUUGAUUCUGUUGUACAAAAAUUCCCAAGGCAAAGUAAAUACGAAGUUGGAGCUGCAGAAUGGAAUCCCACCAAUUAUCAUAAAGAAUUAUGCGUUAUCUCGAGCAAUCAACGACUGGAAGUUUUAACAUGGAGAAUGGACGAAUUGAUCCAAACGUUUUCAGUUCGUGCCCACACAAGAGUAAUAACUGACUUAAAUUGGCAUAAGUUUGAUCCAAACCUUUUAGCUUCAUGUUCUGUAGAUACUUUUAUUCAUUUGUGGGACUUGAGGGACUCCCGCCGUCCUACAUUGUCUCUCUCAGCCAUAGCAGAAGCAUCACAGGUACGAUGGAAUAAGGUUUCUUCACAUUUAUUAGCUACUUCCCAUGAAGGAGAUAUAAAAAUUUGGGACCAAAGGAAGGGUACUGCACCUGUGCAGUAUAUAUCUGCCCAUUUGUCUAAAAUUCAUGGAUUAGAUUGGAGUCCAACUUCAGAAAGUUAUAUUUGUUCUUCUAGUCAGGAUCAUACUGUUAAAUUUUUUGACACAACUAAUCCAAGAAGGGCUGAAUGCAUACUGCCUACAACUGCUCCAGUAUGGAGGGCUAGAUAUACACCUUUUGGCAAUGGUUUGGUUACUGCUGUUGUACCACAGCUGAGGAGAGGUGAAAAUAGCCUUUUGCUAUGGAAUACAGCCAAUCGAGCUACCCCAAUGCACACUUUUGUUGGUCAUAGAGAUGUAGUUCUAGAAUUUGAAUGGCGAAAACAGAGACCUGGCGAUACGGACUUUCAAUUAGUAACCUGGUCAAAAGAUCAAACAUUACUAGUUUGGAGAAUAGAACCUUUUAUUCAAAAAUUAUGUGGUUACGAACCAGUUGAAUCGAAAGAUAGUAAUGAAAUUUAUGGUGCAGAAAACUUGAGAUUUUUCAAGAAAACCUCUCCCAGGGUACAACCACUCCAGCAAGAAUUCUCUUUGCUUAACGUACUGAUACCAAAUCUUAUUAUUUUAAAAAUGGAUCCAGUUGCUAGGAAUGUCCUAGUUAAAGCUACUAUUAACAAUUUUAUAGUCGUGCUAAAGGUUAGCUUUCCUAGUGCUUAUCCCCAUGGAGUGCCUCCUGGAUUCGAGGUCAUAAAAGAAGGGUCUAAUGUUAAUGAAUCAAUAAUAAUCCAACUCCUGCAAAUGUUAAAACAUUUAGCACAGCAGAGGGUCUCGAAAAACCGGACUUGCUUGGAACCAUGUCUUAGACAGAUGGUAACAACCCUAGAACAACUUUCAAGCGAUACUGAGAAUAAUAGGAUAUACAACAGGCCAUACUUAGAACCCUCUAGCCUAUUUGCAGGUUAUAAUGAUGCUUACAUACCAUUUCCUAGGACUUCUGGAGCGAAAUUUUGCUCUGUUGGUAUGCUGGUUUGUUUUGGAAGACAUGUAAAUCCCAGAAGAUUAUCUAUGAAAAUUGAUAUAGCCCCAAGAGGGUUGUCUUCAACCCCAAGAGCCCUGUCUGCAUUAGAAAACAUUUAUUCUAAAAGAAAUGACGAUUAUAUGACAGUCUCAGGUUUUUACUACCAAAGGCAGAGAUCCAGAGUUAAACAUAACUACUCAAAAUUCACGAAAGCAGUUGUACACAUCUAUGAUGUAUUGGGUUUAUUUUUUGUGAAUAGACAGCUUGCCGAAGAAUAUAUUUUGGAUGGAGAUGUGGGUACUAUAUGUAAACAUAAUGCAGCUGCAUCAGCUGUGGUAGGUCGAUGGGACUUGGUUCAAGCUUGGACACUGGCUGAAUUGGUUGCAGGACCUGAGCAAGCUGAUGAAGAGAAUUCGUGGAACAAUCAUCCAUUUGGCAAUAAAUUGAUGGAGUCCCUAAUUGGCCAUUAUGCUAUACAACAUGACAUUCAAAUGGCAGCUAUGCUCUGUUGUAUUUUCGGCAAAGAACAUGACAUAUUUACUAGGAAGGCUUCUUUGAAAUCUCUAUUAUCUCCAGUGCAACUAGUACCUGGAAAAAAGUGGUUUAAGUCGGAAGGAUCACCAUACCACACAAUACCACCAGCAGAUAUCGUAGCAGACGGAUGGGUGUUGCCAAUGCUUCGUACCACUAGGUCCACCUCAUUAGACAACCUCACCAUAGAAUGCACCAUUAAAUUACAUCAUGCUCCCAUCAAAAUUAUACCAAAUUCUCUCUACGAAUACUAUAAGCUUGCAUACGCCGACACUCUGCACAGAUGGGGGCUGAUUUAUCACAGAACUGAGGUCCUGAAGUACAUGUGCAAAACCCCAGAAACGCACAAAGGUGUAGAGUUCAUCAGCGACUGCAAAGAUUGCAUGAAACCAGCCAAAUUCGGCAAUUGCAGCUCUUGUAAGAAAGUGACUUUAAAAUGCAUCGUCUGUCAUCUCUCAGUGAGAGGUUCUGCUAACGCCUGUGUCCUGUGCGGUCACGCCGGGCAUACAAAAUGCCUAAAGUGGUGGCUUUCUUUAAGUGACGUGUGUCUGACUGGGUGCGGUUGUAAGUGUUUGGUACAGACGGCUGGAAUGUUUACUCCCUAGCAUUGUGGCAGAAGGAGAAGCGGAUUGAAUGUGAUAAAUUCUAAUACGAUGUGAUAAUUUUAUGGAAGUACCAUUUCGGGAUAGCUUUAAGUUGUUUUGUAAUUGAGGCUAAAUAAAUAUGAAUUAGACUUUUAAAUAGGAAAUAAUUUCAAAUAUUUUAACAUUAAGUAUCAAAUAUCUUGUCGUAUUGAAUCUGGAUUUAUAAAUUUCGUUGAGUUCGCGUUCAGUUCGAGUUCAACAUAAACAAAGCAGAACGUGCGUAGUAAUUUAUACACUUCGAUCGUUGACGUUCGCGCUCAGUUCGAAUUCAGUUGACGCUGAGAGAUGACCAACUUUUUUGUUCGCUGUUCCAACGUUUGACGCGAAGUCGAGCCAAUGGAAAACACGUAUUUGGUUAUUUCACCACGCAUGCGUCAAAGCGAUCAUAAAACGACAUGGUAUAUUUGUUUUGGGUACGAAAUUAUAACGGAUUUAUAAUUAUUUUAUAACCAACACCAUCUACAAAUAUAAUUAAAACAAAAUAACAACGAAAUAUAAUUUAUUUUGUAGAGAAUGUUGUUAUGUCUUGUCAAAUCAAACGUCAACAUUCGCAGCGACGAAUAAACAACCGCCAACGAAUUUAUAAAUUGAGUAAAACGCGAGCGUAGUAUAAACUGAACGCCAACUGAACAUAGCUUAUAAAUCCAGCUUUAAAUCUGUUCUUUUAUAAAAAAAAAUGUAUUUUUCACUUCUAAUUAUUAUUAGCAGCCGUCUUUGAUAUUUUUUUCAAUACUACUAGCAUUACUUACCUACUUUGUUUUUGAGCUAAGAAUAUGAAUUUCUUUUUCUAGUUAUUACUGCUACUUCUUUAUUAAGUUUGUUCCAACAACGAUCUUGGAACCAUACAUAAUCUGUCGACAAAUAGUAAUUGACAACAUGUCUAGUGAUUAGCAAUAUCUUUAUUUUUUAGAAACAGCGUUAUUUGUUACUGGGGUUUAUAAAUAUCACUUAUUUUAAGUUGCGACGUGAUCACGGUUUGAAAUGACUUGUUCUACUGAUACUGAUAUGUAUUCUGUAAGUCUGUACAUCUAAUGUGUUAUAAUAGGAACAAGAUCGAUUGUAGGCGCACGUCAAACUAUUUAUGAAAUAUAAACCUUAUGAAUGAAUUUAAGGAACUAUUUGGAAUAUAAUAAUUUAAAAAAUGAGAUAUAUUAUCAUUCAAUGACUAAUAAUUUAUUAAAAUUAGAAUUUUGUGUUUAUCCUACAGCACCAUCUUUCGAUUAAUGAUUGACCUUUCAAUAAUAUCUUGUUGGUGGUUUUGAGAAAUCUGUAAAAUAUUACUGAAUAUUCCAAUGUUCGAACAAAUGAUUGCAAAAUGACGAGAAGACGGAAACGAAAAAAUCACAGUCACAGUUUGGUAACAACUUUAGUAACAGUCGUCACCUGAUACUUUUUAAUAUCACCGAAAAACAGUUCCUGAAAUAUCGCUCAUCACUAAACCUGUCGGGAUUGGGAUCAACUCGGAACUCGGUUGUAUUGGAACACAUUUUUAUUAAAUUCAACAGAUGCACUAUUACAAUAAUAAACCACAAAAUAAAAUAAAUGUUAAUGAACAAUAGCUAUGAAAACUAAACUCGAUUGACAAAUAUAAAUCAGAGCUGUCAGAGACGAUAUGAUCAGGUUAUUGCGGCUUUGCUCCUGUCUUGACAAUUCGUUCCUUUUCAGAACCAGGAAUUGAUUUGACAUUACACAAAUAGGUGUGUGAUGAGUUUUGCCCAGACAGCACACCAAAUCCUUUGGAUAUCUACUGAACAUCCCAAUAUCCACUGAAUGUCCAGUCUAUGGUGGAUAUCUAUUUUAUAUCCAUAAAAUGUAAUUUAUAGAUAUGCAAAUGUCCAUAAAUAAUAGUAAUUAUAUAGCAAAUUAUUAAAAAAUUACGCCAUUGUGCUCGCCAUUGUGGCUAAUAGUACCGUUCAGAUAUUUAAAAUUAAUUUUUUUAAGGUGUAUUCAAUAUCCCAUGGACAUCCACAUAUAUCAAAGUCUUAGCGCGGACGCAAACCAUCGUGGAUAUCUACUAGAUGUAAUUUUUGAUUUUGCUUCCUAAGUAUAGAUGGCGAUACCACUUUCGUAUCUACUCAU